GUUUAAAAUAAACGUUGUCCCGUCAUUCUCAGAUAAAACGUUGAUCCUGUUUCAGACGGCUCCAUUUCUCUAGAGACGUUGCAGAGGCAGCAUGUUAUGAAAGGAAGAUUAUUGGACCAAAGCAGAGCAACACAUGGUUCCAGGUUGAGGUCAGGAUGGGGAACACCUCACCCAGGGUUCUGGUCUCACUCUUGCUGAACACACUGCUCUGCUGUGGACAAACUCUCGAUCCUGUGCUGACUGUUGAACCCAACUGGUCGACUUUUUAUGUUGGAGAGUUUGUUACAUUUAUCUGUGACAUGAAUGAAGGAAGAGACACUGACUGUCAAUACCGGUUAAUAAGGAAUGAUCAAGAAUUUGUUUGCUUUCAGUCAGAUAAACGUUUCAGAGUUGGUCCUCUGUAUACUGAUUAUAGUGGUGAAUUUCAGUGCUGUCGUCAAUGGAGGGGUCCAUCUUACGAAAAGUGCAGUAAAACUGUCCCUGUUACUGUCUCAGAUAAACCCAGACCCAAACUGGCAGCAGGUCCAACAACCAUACCAGUAGGGGGCAGUGUGACACUGAGCUGCUCAGUGGAGCCCUCUGCUGGAUGGAAGUACAGAUGGUUCAGGCGGACCUCAGACUCUUCUUUUGUUGAAUUCAGCAGAAAUAAUGAAGAAAACAGAGAAAUCACUGUGACACAAGGAGGAAUCUAUAAGUGUGAUGGAAAGAGAGGAAAUUCCUCAUUCUACAGUCAUUCAAGCCUUGAGAACAAGAUAGAAAUAAUGUUUUCCAACAAGGUUUUUGUGACUCGACAACCAAACUGGCCUCUUGUCUUCAGUGGUGAGUCGAUCACUCUGACAUGUGAGGUCCAGGGAGGAGAAACCACUGAGUGGACGUGUGAAUGGAGGAGAACUGGGUCAAUAAUACACAAGACAGACAGUAAAGACUGGACUUUCAUUGUCUCUGAGUCCAGCAGUGGAAACUACAUGUGUCAGUGUAGAAGCAGAGAUGACUGGUAUUCUUCAACACAGAGGAGUGAAACCAUCAGACUGUCUGUAUCAAAUAAACCUGGAGCCAAACUGACAGCAGGUUCAACAACCAUACCACUAGGGGGCAGUGUGACACUGAGCUGCUCAGUGGAGCCCUCUGCUGGAUGGAAGUACAGAUGGUUCAGGCGGACCUCAGACACUUCUUUUGUUGAAUUCAGCAGAAAUAAUGAAGAAAACAAAGAAAUCACUGUGACACAAGGAGGAAUCUAUAAGUGUGAUGGAAAGAGAGGAAAUCCCUCAUUCUACAGUCUUUCAAGCCUUGAGAACAUCAUUGAAAUAAUAUUUUCCAACAAGGUUUUUGUGACUCGACAACCAAACUGGCCUCUUGUCUUCAGUGGUGAGUCGAUCACUCUGACAUGUGAGGUCCAGGGAGGAGAAACCACUGAGUGGACGUGUGAAUGGAAGAAAUCUUGGUCAUUAAUACACAAGACAGACAGUAAAGACUGGACUUUCAAUGUCUCUGAGUCCAGCAGUGGAAACUACAUGUGUCAGUGUAGAAGCAGAGAUGACUGGUAUUCUUCAACACAGAGGAGUGAAACCAUCAGACUGUCUGUAUCAACAGAUAAACCUGGAGCCAAACUGACAGCACGUUCAGCAACCAUACCAGUAGGGGGCAGUGUGACACUGAGCUGCUCAGUGGAGCCCUCUGCUGGAUGGAAGUACAGAUGGUUCAGACAGACCACAGGCACUUCUUUUGUUGAAUUCAGCAGAAAUAAUGAAGAAAACAGAGAAAUCACUGUGACACAAGGAGGAAUCUAUAAGUGUGAUGGAAAGAGAGGAAAUCCCUCAUUCUACAGUCAUUCAAGCCAUGAGAACAACAUUGAAAUGAUGUUUUCCAACAAGGUUUUUGUGACUCGACAACCAAACGGUUCUCAUAUCUUCAGUGGUGAGUCGAUCACUCUGACAUGUGAGGUCCAGGGAGGAGAAACCACUGAUUGGACGUGUGAUUGGAGGAGAUCUGGGUCAAUAAUACACAAAACAGACAGUAAAGACUGGACUUUCAUUGUCUCUGAGUCCAGCAGUGGAAACUACAUGUGUCAGUGUAGAAGCAGAGAUGACUGGUAUUCUUCAACACAGAGGAGUGAAACCAUAACAGUAACUGUGUCCAGUUCUUCACAUCUUGUGCUGCUGAUCUCUGGACCAGUUGUUGGAUUUAUUCUCAUUAUUCUCCUCGUCUUGUUGUGUUUCUGCAGACGAUCCAAGGGUUUAUUCUGCUCCAGAUGUAAGGCCUCAGAGAGCAGCAGAAAUGAUGGAGUCAACCAGGCUGGCGGUCAUGAAUACAGCUCUCCUCUUCAGGAAGUCACUCCAACAUAUGCUGAGAUCAACCACCAGGCUAGAGCCAAUAGAAAGAAAAAAGGAAGUCCUGCAGCCACAAAUAAAACGGUUUAUUCUGGCAUCAGGUCAGGAGCAGCUCUGCACGUCGACUCUGCCAUGUAGGCUGCAGGAUGUUUUGAUUUAUUAUAGGAUUUAUGAUAUGGAUUACGCUCAUAACAUUCUUAUGUGUUCUGGUUACAAGUCUUCAUAAACCCUGUACUAGCUGAACAAAGAAAUAUUGUCUGAAACUGAAGUAGGUAAAAGAAAAAUCAGACACACUCAGUAGUGUGAACAGAAAUGCUUUGUAAAAUCCAGACAGGCAGUAAUGUACAUAUUUUUAAUAUAAUUGAUCUGGAGAUCCAGGGUGUUGCUAAUAUUUUGAAUUUGUUCCUUUGCUGUUUUAUAUUCUGCAUCAGUUUUAUUUCUUCUUUUUGCUUUAGCUUCCUAAACUAACUUUUAUAUAAUCAGGUUCCAUUUCACAUGAGUGAUGGUACCUUGCAUAAUAAAUUCAUUUCUGAGCUGAACAAAAUAGUCUUUACUAAAUUAAAUAUUCUCUUACACUUUUCAAUUGUUAACUUGUAAGUAUAAAAUUCUCAUCUGUUUUUUUUUUACAAUAUCACUUUUGCCUUUUUGAAACAAGUAAUACUGUUGAUUUGUCUUUGUAUUUCAUUUAUUGUAGCUUUUUAAACAGGUAUUUGUUGAAAAUAACCUGUUAUGUAUCAAAUAUACUAUGUGGUUGUCAAAGUAAAGUGAGUCGUCUGCCCACUAAAAACUAAAUAUGACAACGAUUACAGUUACAUUCAUUGCUUCUCAAAGUAGAAGUUGCUUCUCAACUUCUACUUUGCAGCUGAGUGUGCAGUCAGAAGUUAGGAUAUCAUUUAUUUUUACAUGUAAUCAAAGCU